AUGUCGUCUACGGAUUCCCAGGCUUCCAGCAGCACCAAGCUGCCUAGCAAGGACGACAUGGAGAAAAAGUUCGACGGCGGACAAAUAUACCGAGGCGAAGUUGCUCAGGAAGAAAACAUCGUGGAACCCGUUCAUAAGGAGAUCUCGCCUGUCGCGGACAAACCUGAGCUGACCGAGGACGAUUGCUACGAUAAACUGGGGUUCACAUUCCCUUGGUACAAGAAAUGGACCAUUCUCUCCGUCAUCUUUGUUGUCCAGAUGUCGAUGAAUUUCAACACCGGAGUCUACUCCGACGCCGUAACAGGCAUCACGGAGGAGUUCAGCAUCAGUGACCAAGCUGCCCGAGUGGGACAAAUGAUCUUCCUUGUUGCCUAUGCCUUUGGCUGUGAACUAUGGGCCCCCUGGAGUGAAGAGUUUGGCAGAUGGCCUAUCAUGCAGCUCAGUCUGUUUUUGGUCAAUAUCUGGCAGAUUCCAUGCGCUCUAGCGCCCAAUUUCGCCACUAUUGUCGUCUGCCGUUUCCUCGGAGGACUCAGCUCAGCCGGUGGCUCGGUCACCCUUGGAAUGACAGCAGACAUGUGGGAGACCGAUGAUCAGGGCUUCGCAGUUGCUUUUGUUGUCCUGUCAUCUGUAGGUGGAUCAACUAUCGGUCCUGUCUUUGGUGGCAUUAUCGGUCAGUACUUGGAGUGGCGUUGGGUCUUCUGGAUCCAGCUCAUCGUUGGAGGAUUCACCCAGGCGUUGCACUUCUUCCUAGUCCCCGAAACACGUGCUACCGUCCUCAUUGAUCGCGAAGCCCGUCGCCGCAGAAAGAAUGGCGAGAAUGUCUGGGGUCCGAAUGAAUUGAAAGUGCCACGCCUUGAUGCAAAGGAUGUGCUGCGAGUGUGGCGCCGACCCUUUGAGAUGUUCCUGCGUGAACCCAUUGUCUUGUUCCUCUCUCUUUUGUCUGGAUUCUCGGAUGCUCUGAUCUUCGUCUUCACCGAGUCGUUCUCGUUAGUGUUUGGGCAAUGGGGGUUCGAUACACUCCAAGUCGGAUUGACAUUCAUCGCUAUCCUCAUCGGCUAUGUCAUUGCCUACAUCAUCUUCUUGCCGGAUGUAUGGCGACAAAUGAAGAUCCGCAAGGAGCACGGAAAUGGAGCCCGACUACCGGAGCGUCGGCUUCUCUUGUUGCUCUUCUUGGCCCCAUUGGAACCAAUUGGGCUUCUGGGAUUUGCCUGGACCUCGAUGGGACCGUCAUACACCCCCUGGAUCGCGCCUUGCAUCUUCGCCUGCCUCAUUGCAAUUGCCAACUUCAGUAUCUAUAUGGCUACGAUUGAUUACAUGGUAGCUGCAUAUGGUCCAUACUCAGCCUCGGCCACUGGAGGUAACGGUUUUGCUCGAGAUUUCCUGGCAGGAAUAGCGACCAUGUAUGCUACCCCAAUGUACGAGAAUAUUGGAGGUAAAUUCCAUCUUCAAUGGGCUAGUACUAUUCUAGGCUGUUUGGCUGCCUUGGUCAUGAUCCCAAUUUACGUUUGUUACUGGAAAGGACCUGAAAUCCGCCAGCGAAGCAAGUUUGCUCAGACACUGGAAGCCGAUCGACUGCGGCAUAGUGGGCGUCGUGCGAGCCGACUGCACGCAGAAGAAGAGACGUAUUGA